GACAAAGUUCCUCAGAUUGAACGAUUGAUGUCGUCAGAAGAUGAAAAUAAACGUGAGGUUGAAAAUGCGGACGUUUCCAGAGCUGAUUUGAAGGCAAAUGCGGAAUUGGAAUUGGAAUCGGUGAAGGUUGUUGUUCAUCCUCAUUCCGAGCUUCCGAAGCCAGAGCCACCACCAGGUAUAGCUCAGUUUACACAUGAGAAACCUAAAUCUAUACAGGAGAAAACCUCAAUCGACAUGAAGUUAUUUGGUAAAUUCUUCCGUGAGAAGAGUAAUAGCUUUUCAGCGGCGAUAGCGAAACGUCUUUCGUCUUUAAAUCUAAAGGAGAUUGACGAUUCUAAAUCAUUCAAAUACAAUUCGAAUUUAUUUCCAAACGUCACGGAAUUUCAUCUCUCUGGCCUUAAAGUUAUCGUCAAGGUUAAAAGUGAGUACGAAAACAAUGUCGUGAUUGAAGGUCUGAUUAAAGGAAGAAUAAGCUUCUUCUCUAGAUCAAACUGCCGUGAUAGCACUGCCGUCCGUACUUUUCUUAGAGAGAAAGGUUUCAAGUUCGUGGAAAUCAACAUUGAUGUUUAUCCGAUGAGAGAAAAAGAGUUGGUAGAGAGGACCGGAAAAUCAACAGUUCCUCAGAUUUUCUUCAACGAGAAACUCUUGGGAGGACUUGUUGCGUUCAAUUCUCUUAGGAAAAGCGGCUUGUUAGAGCAGAGAUUGAAGGAUAUACUAUGCCGGAAAUGCCCUGACGAUGCUCCGGCAUCACCUGUGUACGGUUUCGAUGAUCCAGAAGAUGAACGAUUGGAUGAGAUGGUAACUAUCGUGAGGGUACUAAGGCAGAAAUUGCCAAUUCAAGAUCGCCUGAUGAAGAUGAAGAUCGUUAAGAACUGCUUCGCCGGCGCCGAUAUGGUCGAGAUCAUCAUUCAUCACUUCCAUUGUGACCGGAAGGAGGCGGUCGAGAUUGGGAAGAAGCUGGCCAGGAAGCAUUUCAUACAUCAUGUCUUUGGGGAAAAUGAAUUUGAAGAUGGAAGCCAUUGCUACAGAUUUCUAGAACAUGAGUCAUUUAUUUCAAGAUGCUUUAAUAUCCGAGGAGUUCCAAAUGACUUAGAGCCAAAGCGUGCAGCUUCUGUUAGCCAUAGACUGACUAAGAUAAUGGUUGCCAUACUAGAGUCAUACUCCUCCGAAGAUAGGCUUCAUCUAGAUUAUAUGGGUAUCAGCAACAGCGAAGAAUUCAGAAGAUAUGUAAAUUUGGUACAAGAUCUUCAAAGGAUGAAUAUUGGUGAAUUCUUGGAAGAAGAAAAACUGACAUUCUUUCUGAACCUUUACAAUGCAAUGGUAAUUCAUGCAAUAAUAAGGAUGGGAGCUCGAGGUGGAGUUAUUGAUAGAAGAACUUUGUAUUCGGAUUUUCAAUAUGUAAUUGGAGGAUAUCAUUAUUCACUUGGUGCAAUUAAGAAUGGAAUCCUUCGAGGCAACAAGAGACCACCUUAUUCCUUGACCAAAUCUCUUGGCUCUGGAGACAGACGUCUAGAGUUUGCAUUUGGAAAAGUGAAUCCACUUAUUCAUUUCGGGCUUUGCGAUGGGACAAGAUCAAGCCCGAGUGUGAGAUUCUUUACCCCACAAGGGGUUGAAUCAGAACUAAGAAAUGCAACAAGGGAGUUUUUUCAGAAGAAUGGAAUGGAGGUGGAUUUGGGAAACAGGACAGUGUACAACAUGACAAGAAUCAUCAAUUGGUUUGAUGUGGAUAUUGGACAAUCAGAAAAGGAGAUGCUGAAAUGGUUGAUGAAUUUCUUGGAUUGUUCAAAAGCAGGUCUUUUAUCCCAUCUUCUAGAGGAUGGUGGCUCCAUCAAUGUUGUUUACCAGAAUUAUGACUGGUCUGUCAAUUCAUGAAACAACAAAUUCAGGUUUUGUUUCUUCUUUUGUUGUAUAUAAAUUCUUAAAUU